UUCUCCACCCGAUCAUCCAUCCCCGCUGCAACCUUUGGAGCACCCGCUCGAACAAGGCGCACGAGCCGAGUUCCCCACGUCUGUCUCGGUCUGUUCGCUCUCACGUCACGCGAUAAGCCCGUGUUUUUUCCGUCCCUCGCGUCUGCUCCCCCCACCUCCCCUAUCAUCACGCGGCGCUAACGAGUAGCGGCGCGGACAGGGGUUGCGUGACACUACCGGCACUGCAGCAGCACGGGAGCCAUGGCGCGGGAGGAGGAAGGACCCGCAAUGAUGGACGCCGCGGAGCGACGCCUCCGCGUGGUCUCCGCGCACCUCGAGCCGCAGGCCGGCGCCACCGCCGGCCUCGCCGCUAACCCCACCGCCGGCGAGUACGCCCACGUGCAGGGCUACAGCGUUGUUCUUCCUGAAAAGUUGCAAACUGGAAAGUGGAACGUGUACCGAUCUGCAGAGUCACCUCUGCGUUUAAUUAACAGAUUUCCUGCUACUCCAGACAUUGGAACACUGCAUGAUAAUUUUGUGUACGCAGUCGAGACUUUUACAGAUUGUAGAUAUCUGGGUACAAGAGUGUGCGCUGAUGGAGCAGUCGGAGACUACAAAUGGAUGACGUAUGGAGAAGCUAGUACGAGCAGAAUUGCAAUAGGUUCUGGUCUUAUUUAUCAUGGAAUAUCUGAAGGUGCACGCAUUGGUCUGUAUUUUAUAAACAGACCUGAGUGGAUCAUAAUUGAUCAUGCUUGUGCUGCAUAUUCAUAUGUAUCUGUACCACUUUAUGAUACUCUUGGUCCAGAUGCAGUUCAGUUCAUUGUGAACCAUGCAACAGUAGAAGCUAUUUUCUGUGUGCCUCAAACGCUAAGCACUCUGCUAAGCUUCCUAACUCAAAUGCCAUGUGUUCGCCUUAUAGUGGUAGUUGGUGGAGACAAUGCAAAUACGCCAUCUACAACAGCAGCUGCUGGAGUGGAAAUCAUAACUUACUCCAGGCUACACAGCCAGGGAAAGAUGAGUUCUCAAACUUACCGUCCUCCAAAACCUGAAGAUGUUGCCACUAUCUGCUACACGAGUGGCACUACUGGCACACCAAAGGGAGCUGUUCUUUCUCACGAGAACUUAAUCGCGAAUGUUGCAGGAUCAAGCUUGGGCGUUAAGUUUUACCCCUCCGACGUGUAUAUCUCAUACCUACCUUUAGCUCACAUCUAUGAGAGAGCUAACCAAAUUGCACUGCUUCACUAUGGUGUUGCCAUUGGAUUUUACCAAGGGGAUAAUUUGAAGCUGAUGGAUGAUUUGGCUGCUUUGAGACCAACCGUAUUCGCAAGUGUUCCCCGGCUAUAUAACAGAAUUUAUUCUGCAAUCACAAAUGCUGUGAAGGAUUCUGGUGGGCUAAAAGAAAGAUUAUUCCGUACUGCGUACAAUGCCAAGAGGCAAGCGCUUGUGAAUGGACGAAAUCCUUCCCCAAUGUGGGAUAAGUUAGUAUUUAACAAAAUAAAAGCUAGGCUUGGUGGACGUGUGAGGCUUAUGACUUCAGGCGCUUCUCCAUUGUCACCUCCCUCCUCCUUCCAUCCAGGGAUCCAGGCCGGAGCCCCGUCGGCCUCCUCACCGCCGUCGCGCCCACGGGGCCUCCAGCAAGGCCCUGCUCCCGCAGACGUCGUCCUCCGACGUGCCAAGUCUCCAUGGCCGCGCCUCCUUCGCCGCCCGGACCAGUCGUCCUCAACCCCGCCGAGCUCCAUCGCGCCCCCGCGCCCUCAAGUGUCUCGCACACCGCCACCGUAUAUCUUCUCAGCCGUCCCGCUGCUGUUUUGCAGGAGCUCUGCCUCCCUAGCAAGAACAGCCACCACCGGAGUUGUUCUUCCUCCGUGCGCCAUCGUUGAGUUGCCAUGGUCUCGACCUCUUGUGCCUCCUCCCUCCAGCGCCGCCUUGCUGCUCCCUCCCGUGCACAAGCCCCUCCUCUGCCAUGGCCUUCCUCCUCCUGUGUCUGCAGCGAUGCAGUGCUGUUGCAGCUGCUCUUCCUGCGCGCCGCCUCCCUCGCUGAGCCCCGUGGCGUGGCCCUUCUACGGCAACUAG